CUGGCAUAUUGACGAGUGGGGGCUGACGGAAAGUCGAAAGACGAUUUGCUUCUCGCAGUUAGUGCGCGUUUAGCCGUCAUUGAUUUCGCCACUGUGUAGUGUAGAGUGCAACAACGAUGAUAAUGUCGCGUUACGACUAACUUUUGUGUAUACAUAUAUAUAUUAUAUACUUAUAUGUAUAUAUAUCUUAUAUAUCUUACAUUUAUCAUAUAUAUAUACCCAUACAUACACAUGCGAUACACGUCAGGUGUAUAUCGUGCUUCGUGCAUUGAAAACGUUUACUACCUAUAUACAUAUGUCGAGGCGCAAUCGACAAUAGUUGUAUAGUGAGCAGUAGUCGUUUAGUGCGUGGUGAUAUAUCGUACAUAUAUCAGUAGAUCGAAGACAUCAUCGCAGUGAGCAGAAGCUUUGACUUUUCUUCGUCAUCUCGCUGCAGUCACAGAGAGGUGUGAUCGAGGCAGUAGAAAACAGUUUUCCUGCCAAAAACGGCGAUGUGUCAGGCCGCUGCUGACACAUGCAGCUACGGUACCAGUGAAAUGUUCUGCGCUCGUCGUCAACAUCAAUUCAUGAAAUUAAUAAUAAAAAGCAACGCCUGACCAUCAUGGACGCGGACUUAUAUCCCAAUCCCAGUCAAUACACUCCACCAUCUAUUGACCAGUGUAUGAUAAUUCAUAGGAACCGUACAUUAAUUUUAAAUCUUUACAAUGGAGUUCCAGACAACUUGCUAAUUAACAGUUUGGCUUUUCUUCUUCUUGUAUUACUAUUUGGUUUGCUAAGAAAGAAAGCAUGGAACUAUGGAAGACUUGCAUUAUUGCACAAAUCAGAAAAUCGUUGGAUGGAAUUAUUUUAUGGAGAACACGAUUCAAGAGAUGCCGAAAUCCAGUGCAUUGAAUCAGCCUCUUCAAGUUCCCAUCUGUCUCACUCGGAUAGGGGAUUUUUAUCAUGGAUCGUUACAGCAUUUCGGUUACCAGAUGCAGAGCUUUUAAAACGAGCAGGGCCCGAUGGUCUGCUAUAUGUCUCAUUUCAAAGACAUCUAAUUUUGCUGACAUUCAUGAUGACAGUUGUUUCCCUAUGCAUAAUCUUACCAAUCAACUUUCAUGGUAACAUAAGUGGAGAUCCUAGUGCCUUCAGUCAUACUACACUGUCGAAUCUUGACUCUAGAUCGCCAUGGCUAUGGGUGCACACAAUAAUACUUUUAUCAUAUUUACCUAUAGGAGCAUUUGUCAUGAGGCGGUUUAUUAAACAAGUAAGAGAUAUGAAGCCAGGUGGUGAAUUAACUGCUAGAACAUUACUCAUUUCGGAAAUACCCAGGCACCAAUGCAACGUUGAAGGCUUGACUCAAUACUUUAAAGAGGCUUUUCCUACUUUGAGUAUAGAGGAUGUAACUUUAGCUUAUGAUAUCAGGGAACUUUCUAGUUUAGAUGCAGCUAGAGAUUGUGCUGAACAGGCCAAGCUAUACUGUGAGAAUUACAAUAGAAGAAAAGGUCCCUUGAAAUUGUAUCCCAAACCUUGUGGACAGCUCAUAGGGUGCUGUUUUAGACAACAAGUAGAUGCACUCGAAUUUUAUACAGCUGAGGAAGCACGUUUGACGGCACUCGUAGAAGUGGAACGCAAGACUGCUCUGAGUCGUCCAAUCGGUGUGGCUUUUGUAACUCUUGGUACACCUGGUGCUGCAAGAACCAUGCGACGAGCAUUACGUUCGUCACCAUCGAUUAGAUGGCUCGUAGACUAUGCGCCCUCUCCAGCUGAUAUAUUCUGGGAAAACUUGAGUAUACCAAGACCUUGUUGGUAUUUAAAUGCUAUACUGAUAAAUGCAGUUCUUGGACUUAUCCUUUUCUUCUUGACUACACCAGCUGUCGCUGUCACAGCAUUGAAUAACCUGUCAACAACAGGAGAAAUAAAAAAAUUAAGUCCUCUGUUGUCAGCAUUUGUACCAACUGUUCUCCUCGUGACUGUAGCCGCUUUGAUGCCGGCUAUAGUCGGAAGAAGCGAAUCAUUAGUCAGACACUGGACACGAAGUGGUUUAAAUCGUACUCUUAUGCGAAAAACUUUGUUACUACUUUUACUCAUGGUCCUAAUCCUACCUAGUCUAGGAUUAACGAGUGCACAAGCGUUCGUCGAAUGGACCAUCAAUGCUAAUAACAACACAACUCCUUGGCAGUGUGUUUUUCUACCAGACCAGGGUGCACUGUUUGUAAAUUAUGUGAUAACUGCUGCUUUACUUGGCACUGGAAUGGAAUUAAUGAGAUUUUCAGAAUUAGCACUUUACACGUUCAGACUGUGCAUAGCUAGAAGUCGAGCGGAACGUAUUUACGUUAGAAAAGCAGUCUUGUGGGAGUUUCCAUUGGGUGCCCAUUAUGCCUGGCUUCUUCUUGUAUUUACCAUGACAACAGUUUACAGUCUUGCCUGCCCACUAAUCACACCAUUUGGAUUGCUUUAUAUGCUUAUUAAACAUGUGGUGGACAGACACAAUUUAUGCUUUGCAUAUGGCCCAGCUGUUGGAGGAGGUCAAUUAGCAGGUUCAGCAGCUAGCGCUGCUGGUGCAGCUCCUGUUUUAGCUCAAGCAGCUUUCCUUGCUUUAGGUCUUGUACGAACAGGUUUAUCUCCAUUAGCUGCUGUGCAGCUUAGUGGCCUUGCUAUUAGUAUACUUGGACUUGUAACUGGAGCUACUUUACCAGCCUCCAAACCUAAAAAUCAAUCAUCUAAGCGAGAUUUAUCUGCCGGACAGCAUUUCGUCGCACCUGUAUUGAGAAAACGAUUAAUUGUCGAUAGUCCUGAUGAAAAUAUAUCGAAUUCUACAUCUGUACAAAGCUCACCGAGCACAAGAGUUUAUACAACCAAUUCUUCUAAUCAAGGAAGCCCAAGAUUAUAUCAGGACUACGGUCGUGAGCCGACCAAUGUAUGAUCUGAUUACUUUCAUCAUAGUUAAACUAAAUACUCUUUACAAUGAUUUAUUUUUAUGCUAAUAGAAAAUUAUUAAUUAUAUCGUCGGUUGUAUCAAUCGGUAUUUGAAAAAGCACGAGUUUUAUAUAUAAAAUUUAUGUAAGUUAAAAAAAUUUUUAUUUACAUCACGUUAUAAAGAUCUAUCUAGGAAUAAGCUUUGAUUUAAAAUAGCUGAAAUUCGAUUAUUAGUAUAUUGCUGUCCUAGGCCACUAUGCUAUUUUUUAUCAAAGCGGGCGGAAAAAUCUUAAAAUCGACUUCUUGUACUCCUUGACUAACAGUACACAACAGAGGUGGGACACGGUUCAUUUUUUACGAUUGUCAAAUUUUCAGUUCAAGCAUAGCUAGAUUUUGCAUAGUGUGCGGAAAGUCAAUUUUAAGAUUCUCGCACAUUGUGACAAACAGUACAAUAUGAAACUAGGGCUGUUGACAAUCUCACACUUGUACAAAAUGGACCUACCACCUUAGCUACGUAAUGUACUAUUUUUCAUACCCUGUGUCUCGAACAUGGCAUUUUCCGAUUUGUACAGCGACUGGCAACUGCUACUUUCUGGUCACUGGCGUGAAAAAUACUUAAAUGAACGAAAAUUUGCUAAACACAUCUAUAGGUCAAAAACAAAUUUUCUAUAAUUUAAUUUUAUUCUUUCAUUUUGAAAUAACGAUUAAGUUUUUUAAAGCAAAAUAACAAGAAGAAUAUCAUAGUUAAAAUAUGUAAAGCAAAUUAAGCUUCAAUAGCAAUAUAAAUUUAUAUACAUACAUUUCUACUACUGUACAGAUAUUUUAAUAGAAUUUUUGUUUAACGUUGAUUUCCGUGUCGUAUCAUUGUGGAGUUAGCUUUUAACUUUUACAAUAUCCUCAAACUCGUUGAUUACGAUUAAUUGUAUAUUUAGAUUUGUAAUAUAUAUUAUAUAUUUAUGAGAGUGAUAAUAAUAUUUAUGAGUUCAAACAGAAAAUUACAUUGUUGCUGUUUGCAAUCUAUGUGAAAAUAUAAAUAUCAAAUGAAUUAUUGUAAUUGAUGAAUUAAAUUAUUUCAAGUAUGCGACCAAAUUUUUAACAAUGACCUAUUCUUUUAGAGUGUGCAAAGGUAUCAUGAAUUUUAUUUUAAUAAAAUAUUAAUGAGUUUCAUUUGAAGUAUGUACAAUGAAUUAAGUAGAUAAGAGUAUUACUAAGAUACUUAACUCAAAGUACACAAAUAAAUAUCAAUUUUAUUUAUUGUAACUCUAAGUUUUUUUUAUUUUUUAGCUAUUAUUUUACACUUAUGCCUAUUGGAUUUAAUAGAAAUAAAAGUAUGACUGUAACAGUUUCCAGUGAAAAUAAGAAACAUGAACAAUUAAUAAAAUUUUUAUGCAUGAACUAAACAAUUUUCAAUGAUGAAAUAAUUAUAAGAUAUAUAUGUAUAUUUGAGUUAAAGUGAUUAUUAAAAGACUUUUGUCGUGCAUUAAAAGAAAUAAAAAUUAUAACCUAUAUUACAUAUCAA